UGACACACCAAGAGACGGCGAAGGAUCUUCCAACACCGCGAGGAUAAAAUAUGACAUCGACGACACCCACAAACCCACCGCCUACCGGCUCUUUUGGUGCCGGAAGCCGAACACGCUCACGUAGCGCCUCGCGCACACGCAUUCCUUCACGGCCCACCACCCCUCUUCGUCCUUCGUCUCGAUCCUCACUUCGCAAUAGCCAAAACGCUUCACAGGCACUGUACUCCAAUCCGCUGGACGCCCUGGAACCGCAAUUUGCCGAGUUCAGCGAUGGCAUGGCAGAUCUGGAGGCAAACUUUAUGCAUUUACAGCUCAUGCACGAGAGUUUGGCCAGGUUCAGCGAAAGCUUCGCCAGCUUCCUAUAUGGCCUGAAUAUGAACGCAUUCUGCGUUGACUUCGUGGAGGGACCCGUCAAAGAGAGCUUCGAAAGAGCGGCAAGGGGCGCGUUUGCCUCGGGAACGCCCGCGAGCGGGAUUACGGGACUUGGUGGCGGAAGAGACGAUGUCGAUGCAACUUUCCUGACCACGGACACGAGUUUCGUAGAGAACCCGCCUACAAGCUCAAAAGCUUCGAGCAAAUUCUCGACCCCGGCACCGGCGACACGAGGUGCCAGAGGAUCUACCAGAGGAGGCACGACGGCGGGAACUAGAGGCCGCGGACUCCCAAGGGCAAGCGGGAUAGCGAGAGGCAUAUCGCGAGGAAGAGCCCGAGGUGGUUCCACCCGCUGAAACCCACGUGAGCGAGGCCGUCGUCUCACAGGACUCGGAAACGUAGAACAAUCGUGUUGCAUGAAAUGAUACCCUAGCAUGAAAGAGUGGAGAUGAUGCGAGAGAUUUUCAACCUCGUUUUCAUAAGCAAGUACUCCUACGGUACCCCCCGCCCACUUCUCGUCGCCUUUGCCAGUUCGCUUUGGGCCUCAUCGUUCGCAUAUCUUUCGUAAAUCGGCAGAUAGUGCUCCCUAUCACUCAGAGUCUGAACCAUGCUCCUUCGCUCGCUGAUAUUCUUCAGCCAAAACCUCCAUCUCCGCCAUAUCUCUUCGUCCUUGCCGCCUUGCCCCUCUUCGGGAAUCCCAAGUCCACCUUUGAAGUGGUCGAAGACCCAUAGACGGACAGCCCAUGGCGCCAGCAUGAAGUCCGUUAAGCUUGGAUCGGAGCCGAAGAAGUAAGGGCCGACAGGAUCCAUGGCUUGUGUGAACUGCCUCAGGUGACUGAGCAGCUCUUGACGCUUAGAGGAGAGACUCUCGGUGUCGGACAUGGGCUGAUGUUGCAGAAAGCGGUGGAAAGAUGGUAUAAUUCUGCCUGCACCUGACUGUUAGUAUACAACUUUCAAAGCAAGAGUGAUGAACCCAACAUACUUCCCACGAAGUCACCCCAGAUCCUACCCUUUGCCCUCUCAUAAAUAUCGCUUCUCCUCAAGGAGUUCCCCAAGUCAGGGUACCUAUCCUCCAGGAAUUCCAUCACGACCCAACUCUCAUACAGCGGUUUUCCGUCAAUCUCCAGCGUCGGUACGAGCCCGCGCGGAUUGAUUUUGAGGAGCGAGUCUGGCUUAUUGUACGGGUUAACUUCAACAUACUGAUACGGGAUCUGUUUCUCUUCGAGGACUGCCCAGACACGCUGAACGAACGGACAAAACCAGCCCGAGUAUAGUACUAGAGGCUUAGGAGACGAAUGGGCAGCGACAAGUGCGGACGCCGCACCAGUGGCCACGGGGUGCAGGUUAGAAUCCGGAUGCGAUUGUCGAGACAUUGUAAUUGCAUCUAAGGAGAAAAGAAACAGAAGAAUUGAUCCAACCAAUACUCUAAAUAUGAAAAAUCUACUAGCAAGCUAUAUUUUUGUUUCCUUUCGGAGACAGCAUUCCUCACUGCUGGACGGCAUGACGCGAGCGGGG